AGUUCUCUCUGUGCCCUAAUUAGUCUAACUUUUUCACUUUUCAGCUUUUUCUUUUCCCAUGGUCUUUCUCAACUAUGAGCAAGAUUUAUCUGCUCAUCUGACUUACAGAAUUUUCUUCUUACCCUUCAUUCCUUUUUCUAUCUACCCUAUUGACUGAUUUUGAAGCAAGCUCUAACCUCCUUCAGAGUAGGCAACCAUUUGGCUUUUCUCACAUAACUCUGUAUUUCUGUGGUAGUUUAUAAUGAUCAACUGUAAUUCUAUGGUUUCAUCCCAGUUGGGCUUGUCUCCCCUGCCCUUGUUUCUUGUGGUUUUGAAAGUGACAUAUACUCUAUACUCAAUACUGGACUGUAAGUAAACCAGACUCUACCAUUGCCACUUUAAAAAAAAUGUAUAUAGAAAGAUACUAGCAUUAGGACCUGCGCGGAGUCUUUGAAUCAAGAGAUCUCUUGAUUCAUUCAAUCUCUCUUAGACAUUCACACACAUACACACAAACUGCAACAAGAGGAGGAAAGUCGGCCAAAAGGGCUUUAAACAUUUCAAAGUUUCCAUUUGUAGAAGCAAUGGGGAAACGUGGCAGGCCAAGGAAAGAAUUCAAAUGUGAAGGUGAUGCUGGGGAAGCUGUUCUAGGGCAGCAGCAACUGCCAGUGAUAGAUAAUACGUCCAGGUGCCCGUUCAGUGACAUUUUCAACACCAGCAGUGAGGACUCCAUGGAGAAGAUCAACACUUUUCUACAGAAUGUGCAGAUUUUGCUGGAAGCAGCCAGCUACCUGGAGCAAAUCGAGAAAGAAAACAAAAAGUGUGAACAUGGGUAUGCCUCAGCCUUCCCUUCCAUGACAAGUCUUGGGUUGCAGGACCCAAAGCCACUGCAGAGACUGAGCCGGUCAAGAAAGCACAGCAGCGGAGGCAACAGCACAGGCACUACAAACAGGUCUACGCACAAUGAACUAGAAAAGAAUCGACGAGCCCAUCUCCGCCUGUGUCUAGAACGCUUAAAAGUUCUGAUACCACUAGGACCUGACUGCACCAGACACACAACCCUUGGGCUACUUAACAAAGCCAAAGCACAUAUCAAGAAACUUGAAGAAGCCGACAGGAGAAGCCAGCAUCAGCUUGAGAACCUGGAAAGAGAGCAAAGGUUUCUAAAGCGACGAUUGGAGCAGCUGCAGAGCCCUCAGGACAUCGAGCGAAUACGAAUGGACAGCACUGGAUCAACCAUGUCCUCAGAUCGCUCUGAUUCAGAGCGAGAAGAAAUUGAAGUGGAUGUGGAAAGCACAGAGUUCUCCCAUGGAGACGUGGAUGAUAUCAGCACAACCAGUACAAGUGACAUUGAUGAUCACAGCAGCUUGCAGAGCAUUGGGAGUGAUGAGGGUUACUCCAGCGCUAGUGUCAAGCUCUCCUUCACUUCCUAGAGCCUGGUGCUAGAGCAGAGCAACUGGUUUCUUUGGGGCAAUUUCAUAUGGCAGAGCUCUUAAGAUACAGUAUUUUUCUUACCCAACCCACCCUUCAACAGCUAAGCUUGGACAGACACAACUUUAGAAUAGCUCCAUGGGUCCACAGAAGAGUGGGAACCUAGUAGGGGAGCCAACUAGCCUUUAUUUAAUCAUAGUCCAAAAUUUUUGACUUAGUGCUAAACCUUAGUUAAUUUGAAAUCCAGGAUACCACUUCAGUUGCACAUAGCUGGGCUGAGAUUUUCCCAUCAGCAAUGGAUAACUAUACUGAGAGAUUAUUUGAUUGGAUGGGAAAUUUGGCUGUUCAGGCUCUUGUUUUUUAAUUGUCACAGUUGUUUUUUUUCACCCCUCAUGUCCAAACUUAACUAACUUGUUAUAAGACCCUUUGUGGUGCUAAUAAUAAAUAAUAUAGAGUAUGUCCAAUAUCUAUGAUAAUCUAGCAUAUCUGGGAUAGCUAUAUGUUGGUCCCAAAUGAUGGGAUAAAGUAGCCAAGGUGAUAUAGUUCAUUGGAUGAACCACUUCCAAUGCAUUUGCACAAUAUUUGAAGUUUUUUUUAAAAAAGCUCCAUUUUAGAUUCCUUUGAAUUCCAUCAAUGAAUUUAAUUUUUCAUUUUUUUUUAAUAGAACUAAAAAGUUAAAUAGUUUUCCUGUAGCCUCACCAGCAGAAGUUAGUCCAGUCAGCAUCUUCUAUUAACUGGGUAUCUCCAGCCAUCUUUGAUCAUUAUCAUCUGACAAAUGUAAUAAUAGUAAGAUGCUCUGCUUAGGUGCUGCAAAUCUGGAAGCAUUUCCCAUUCAGCUCAACUUUUCGCUGGACAUGGUUUCAAGGCAAGAAACUUGGGCUGUAUGAUUUUACCACUAGAUUAUUGAGCUGUAGCAGGCCACCACAGGUGCAACUGCGCUCUGGAUUCAGUGGCUGAGCUAGAAUGAUUCUCCUGAUACAGAGGGUGAAAGACAGACCAGCCUGUAAAACAAGUGAUGAUGUGCAGAAAAGACAGUCUCCACUCUGAGCCACAAUUACCUAUUUUUUCUUUUGCAAAUUAUUUUGAUAAACAUUUGUAAAAGUUGUUUGGGUGAGAUAACCUGUGACAAUGUAUUUUUAGAUCUCCUAGGCGUGAUCCUGCAAAUCUCUUUUGUAAUUAACACCAGUUGAAAGGGGCUUGUUUUUCUGCUGCCAUGCACAAGAGGAACAGGGACUCUUCUUGGUUUUAUGGCUCUUCCUUUUGGAUUCCUGUUUGGAUUCCCUUUGCAGACUUUGGCACCUGGAUUCCUAAUGUAGUCUUGGGUCCAUAGCUAAGAAGCAUCUCACUUAACAGUCUGCUAGGUUGAUUCCAAUUUCUCCUGAGCAGAAACUGUUGUCUUGCUGUUAAAAGGAUAAGAUUGUAUACAAUGUUUUUAUCAUUGUUUUUAUUUUGAGCUUUCUAACCUGCACUUUGAGGUCUUCGCUUUUCUUUAAGCUUUUUAACCACAGAGAUACUUAUUACUGUUCCUUUACCAAGUUUAAACUUUACUCUUUAUUUUCAGACUUCAUUUAUGACACUUAUUUGAGGAUUUUUUGGGGGUGGUGGUGGUAAUUUGCCUGUCCCCCAAUUACUAAGGGAAACAUGAAAAGUAAAAAAAAAAAAAAUGCUUUAUAAAACUCAUAACUUAUUGCUGAUUAUAAUUACUGGGUUGUUAAUUUCAGUCCUGUAGAUCUUUAAUUUCAUUGUUUAGAUAGGACUGGGUGACAAAAAUAAAAACAAGAUAACCUCAUUUAGCAGUACAGUGGAAUUGUGUUUAAAUGUUAGCAUAUGUUUCUGCUUAAUAGUAGCACUUUAAUACCAUUAAACAUUUCUGUAUCUGAAACACAUUUGUUCUGCCAUGUUGGUCACUCAUGAGACUUUAGAAUACUCAUGUUGUUUGUGCCUGGAACUUAAAAAAAAAAAAACUCCAUUGGCCAUGUGAUUAGAUACCCCCAAAUAACUUCUCCUGUAGAUCUUGUCUCAGUACUGUUAUGUUGUGUGAUUUAACCCCAAUGUGUUAGGCAUUCACCCCAGAGCUAUUAUUAUAUCGUACAAUAUAACAUACCACUUUAGGACCUGUGUCAUGUACUAGAGACAUCAUGCUGCCAGGUUUUAUAGUGUAUUCAUAGCUGGGGUUUCAGUUCUUCUGUUUAUUAAAAUCUGGUUGCAGUUACACAUCUCUCUCUCCUAUGGAACUAAAACUCUGUAACACUGGUUUACUCCAUAUGGUAAUCUCUCCCUCUAGUGGCUGAAAUAGUAAUUGUUAGUUUUAGUUAAUGGGAAUAAAGGUUUCAGUAAGAACUGUUUUUAUAAUUCUGAGGCCUAUUAAUAUGGCUAAUUAACCUGCAUUGUGUCUUAGUGCAAUUUGGUGGGAUUGCCAGAACGGUCACUGAGAACUCAAAUGAGCAAGAUUACAGUGGCACUGUCAGUUCUGAUCUGUGAUUUCUUAUUCCACCAAAAUAAGUUUGUUUCUGUGAAUUCAGUUGCAGAAACUUACUUUUGCUUACGUAUUUUCUGUAAGCAAAAGGGCCUGAGUUCAAAUUUUAGCACAGUCUUCACCAGCCCACUGGCUCUUAGUGUGCUUGAACUAGAAAGGCAGGGGCUGGCUGAAAGGUCUGAUCUUCAGUCUCAAUACAGGGGACAGGCAGGCACCUGAUUGGAGAAGGCUAAUGUAGUGGCUUGCACGACAAAGUAAUUUCAGGGAGAAAGGGUGAAGAAACAACAGCCUUAAGCUAAAGUCUGGAAAGUUUGCCUCAAAGAAUGGACAGCUUUAGUUAAUAUCAUCUUAAAUUAGGAUCAUAUAAUUCUGUACCAAAUUCAUUCCAAAUACAGUAUCAACUCUGGAGUCCUCAUGCAAAAUCAUUUAAUCAUUCACCUCAUGCCAUAUCCUUCUUUGAUAUGAGCAUUUAUCUUGGUAAAUAAGAAACUAUAAUCAGGAUAAAUCUCUGUGGAGAUAAUACCCUGUUUUACAAGGUGGAAGAAAAGUGUUACAUCUUUUAUUGAGUAGGGUGUACUGCAGCCAACCUGUCAUAACGUACUAGCCAGGACGUACUAUAUAAUUUUCAUAAAUGUAAAACCAUGUCCUUUGUUAUUCUUUUACAUUUGGGAUGUUGUACUUAUUUUUAAUUCACAACCUUGUAUUUUAUUUUAUUUUUCCCACCAUUAAAAAAAAAUGGAUUCUGGUUUGGAAUAUAAUCCUAUGCAAGUUUACUUAGAAGUAAAUCCCAUUAUGUUCCAUGGGACUUACUCCCAUUUGUAUCUGCAUCAAAUUAAGCCUUAGAUUUAGGUGUGAGGUUGUAUACACUUUUGCAUUUAAAAUGCAGGGUAAUUUUUUAUAUAAUGGGAUUGGUUGUAUCAGCAUCCAAGCAGGGCAGUCUGAGGCAAAACUAUUUUUCUGCUUUGGAAAAUCUCUUCUGAAGGUGGCAUUAGCUUUGGAGAAAAAAAUAAAUGCUGCCAGCUCAAAAUCAUCUAUGCAUCUUGAUGUUAGCCACCUCAAAAAGGCUAAAUAAGAAAUGCUAUUCUCUUACAUGUUAAUUAUGCUUUUAUAAUAAGCAGUUCAGACAACCAUUCUAGUAUGAUCUGAAAAAGUCACAUUCACUGAUAUAUCAUUCCAGAUCUGUGUCCUUAUCUGCUAUUUGGCAAUACUGAUGUGUGUAUAAUGCUUAGAAUGAUUCUGUAUUUUAAUGAACAAAAACAGAUGCAAGAGGGCAUUUUUACCUAUUAUAUACAAAAGGGAAACCAGGAUUCCUAUAAAAUUAUGAAAUUCACUUAUGGCAAGUAAAAUUGUUAUCCAUAUGGCUUCAGGCUGAGGUGUUUUGUAUUUCCUAGCUCUACUAAGUGAAAAUAUCUGAGACUGAAACAGAAUUUAUAUACUUUUUUUUUAAUUUCAAAAAAUGUAUUGGAUGCUUUUUAUGGACCAUUUGGGGGGAGAGUGUCCACAUCAUUUGUGUCAAUUUAUGUAAAUGGUGUAAUUUGCAGUAAAACUUCAAUUUAAUAGAUAAAUGAUAGAGUCCAAAUUAAAAGAUUUGUCUGUUAUGUCAGAAGUCAGUCAAAGGGAGGGUUUACUGUGUAAUGCAAAGCUGUUGGGUACUUUUUCCUCCAUGGUGUCUUGGAUCAAACUAGUGGACUAAAUUUAGCAUAACCUUGAUUUUUUUAUUUUUACUUUUUUUUUUUGAAGUUUUGAAUUCUAGGAUAUUGUAACUUGUUUUGCUAACAAGUUUACGUUAUUUAAAAGUCCUAAUUUUCAGAAGCUUGAAACCUGUCUUGGUUACUUUAUCUUUUUCUCUUCAGUCUCCUUGUACAGAAUUGCUAGGGAAUUCAGUUAUAUCCAAUUGGGCAUAUACCAAAAAAGUGGAAAUAGGGAUGAAUACUUAUCUAAAGUAAAAGAAGCAAAAGACAAGUAAGCAAGUAAAAGACAGCUUCAGAAAGCAGAAACAUUUGGUGUAUGUUAAUCAAGUCAAGACUUUUUAGGAGUGUAUUAAACAGGCUUAAAUGGAAGCAAUAGUUAAGUCACUUUUCAGUCAUAUCCAUUCUAUAUUUUCUAUCUCAUUCUGUACAUCAGUCUGUAAAGAUAAUAUCCACUGGUAUUCAAAUUAUGAAAAAAAUAAUUUGGAAGAGUUUAUUUCCUUGUAUACACUAGCUGAUAUUUCCUUACAAGAAAAGGAACACUUCAAAAAGAUUUGUCAGCAUUACUGGACUUUUUUUUUUUUUU